AUGAGGUGGUGGUUGCCGUUGUUGUUUGUCAUAUAUUUGAGUGUCACUUCUGGGCAGGAUGCGGAUGCGAAUGAUGCAGCUCAUAUUGUUGCCUCUAAGUUUGCACUGUCUCAGUAUGCAGUUGAAGGAAUGGAUUAUGUUAUAGAUUAUCGUCUACAUAAUGUUGGUGAGAAGGCUGCUCUGCGUGUAACUUUAGAUGAUCGAGAUGGUUUUCCAACUCAGGCAUUUGAAAUCAUACGAGGGCUUUUGCAGGUUCGUUGGGAGAGAAUAAGUUCUGGCGGUAAUGUCUCACAUGCAAUUGUGGUACGUCCUCGUAUUGUUGGCGUUUUCAAUUAUUCAUCUGCUCUCAUCACUUAUUAUCCUAGCGAAGAUGCCAAGGAAGUACGGAUCAGCCACACGACUGCUCCAGGAGAAGGUUAUUUAAAGAAAAAUUUUUACCUCAUGUUAUCUUACACUUAUCAGAAAAAGGUUUAUGAUCAAAAGUUUUCGGCGAAAUUGGGUGUUUGGUUAGUAUUUUUAAUGCUUGUGGCGCCAUCGACAGUCAUUCCAUUUGCACUUUGGUAUCAUAGUAAAACCAAAUAUAGUCAGGGAGCGCCUUCAAAAAAAAGUAAAUAA